GAGGGAGCGGCAAGAUGGCGCUGGGCUCCCGCCAAGGCUGCCGCUGGUGCGGCCGCGCCGCCCUGGCACAGCCGAGGCGGCGGCGAGUCCCGGAGCCGGCCGGGUGCUCGGCGCGGCCGUACUCGGAGGGCGGCGGUGCUUCCGAGGCGGCGGGCGGGGCGGAGCUGCUGGAGGUGUGCUGGCGGCGGCUCUUCCUACGGGGCGGCGCGGGGCCGCUGCCCUGGAGCGCCUACCUGAGCGGCCGCCACCCCGGCUUCGGGCCGCUGGGCGCGGCGCUGCGCGCCAACCUGGCGGCGCAGUGGUGGGACUCGGCGCUGCCCCUGCGCGAGCAGGUGUUCCCCGUGGAUGCCCCGCUCCACGGCCCCGCUCCGCGGGACGCGCAGGGGCUGCGGCUGCUGCACCCGGAGACGCUGCGCGAAGCCCUCCAGGGCUGUGGGCAGGGCUCUGGCGGCUCGGCCCUGGAAGAAGUACUGGGGGCCGCGGGGCUGCUGCGGGAGAGCCUCCUGCCCGGUGUUCUGGCGCAAUAUGUCAGCUGCUUAGAGCUGGUGAACAAAAGACUGCCCUGUGGCCUUGCUCAGAUUGGAGUGUGCUUUCAUUCUGUUCCAGAAAGUGAACAUUCUGUUUCAGGAAAUGAACACAACAAAAACCUUACAAGAAUAGGCGAGAGGACCACGUCUCUGCUUGCCUGGUUUAGUUCUCCCAGAACUUCAGGACAGUGGCUCGAUUACUGGCUACGCCAGAGGCUCCAGUGGUGGAGAAAGUUUGCUGUAGGCCCCUCUAACUUCAGCAGCAGUGACUUUCAGGAUGAAGAAGGCAGAAGAGGAUUUAAGUUACAUUAUAGCUUUCCUUGGGGGACAGAAACAAUUGAAACACUGAAGAACCUUGGUGAUACUGAACUGUUACAGCUGUAUCCAGGAGAGAGAUCUAAAUUACUUGGCCGAGAUGGAAGGAAGAAUGUCAUCCCUCAUGUUCUGUCUGUGAACGGGAAUCUGGACCGAGGAGUGUUAGCUUAUCUUUUUGAUUCUCUACAGGUAGUUGAGAAUCCAUUAACAGCAAAGAAAAAUUCUCAGAGAAAGGUAACUCCAUGUAGAAAAUGUCAGAAAAUAAGAACCCCCCUAGACAAUGUGGUAAAUUCAAGCAUAGCAAUGUUUCCUUUUCCACAUGACCAUCCUGAUCCCUUUCCAAUGGGAGCAGACUCAACCCUCUCACUGGCAGCACCAGGCACAGCCCCUGUGGUCCCUGUCACCCACAUAAGCAAUUUUUCUCAUUCUGAGGUCCCCUUUUCCUGUUUUACCCUGCUCUCUGAUCAGCAGGUAGGAUCUGGACCAUCAUUCUCCCCACUUUUACUCUGCUUUCUGGAGUUGGAGUGCUGGCUGUCAGUGCCUGUUACCCAGGCAGUUGUUUGGGCUUUAAGAACAAGCAGUAGACUGGAUGGGAGCUGCCUGCUGGGCUGGCUCUCAUCACUCUGGCUCCAUUCAAGAUGAUGGAACUCUGCUAACAGAUCUUCAUCUCUUUUCUGGAGCUCAGCCAAAAAUAGAUUAAUUUCUGCCAUGUGAAUGUAGCUGGGCUCUGUGCUCGAUAC